GGAAACUAUAAAUAACGUAAAAGAAGAUUAGUGGGUAAGUCAAUUUUGUGCAUUUUUAUCGGUUUUUCUAUGCCACCUAUCCCAAAAUCAAAAUCUCAAAAAAAAAUAAAAUUAGAAGUCGCCUUUUUUGUCCUAGUUGGAUUAAAAGAGAUCUAACAUUAAAUAAAAAAGUCUUGCAAUAUAAUCUUUCAUUGAGCAAAUCUGUUGAAUCACAAACGAAUCAAGAUUCAAAGUCGAUCAUGUUUUCCAAUACAGCAGUUGAUAUCUUUAAUUCCCUCCGAAUUCCGGAUGCAAUUAAAGAUGUUCCAACUUUUGAUGGAAAUAAACGGUUAUUGUUUGACUUCAUCAGUAAUGUAGAGGAAAUUUUAGAACUUAUGCCUCAAUUGAAUUCAAAUCCUGCAUAUAAAAAAGUUGUUUUAAGAGCCAUACGAAAUAAGGUUGUUGGCCCAGCUAACGAAGCUCUUAAUAUGUAUGGAACUGAUGUGAAUUGGGAAGAUAUUAAAAAUAAUUUGCUUAUUCAUUACGCGGAUAAAAGAAACGAAACUAGCUUGAUAAGGGAUUUGCACCAGCUCCGACAGAAUCAAUCAUCGGUAGAAACCUAUUUUUCAAGGGUAAUUGAAACACUUUCUGCGAUGAUCAAUCACAUAAAGGUUCAUGAAACAAAUUUGAGUGUUGUCGAAGCAAAGCAAAACCUUUAUCAAGAAAUGGGUCUUAACAUCUUUUUGUCCGGUCUAAGAGAGCCUUUAGGUUCAACUGUUAGGUCAAUGCGACCCACAAAAAUAAUUGAUGCCUUUAACUUUUGUCAACAUGAAGAAAACUACUAUUAUUUCCAAAACUCCCAAUAUAGGUCACAGAUUCCACAAACACCCAGAUUUCAAAACAGACGAACCUUUUUUGCAAAUACUGAUACUUACACUCAAAGAUUCCAACAACCAUACAAUCAAUACCAAUCUAGUCAAAACAUAACAAGAGAAAACCAUAACAAUGACCUUUCACAAAAUAAUUUCAGACAAAAUACAAACUAUAGGCAAGAAAACAUUCCAGAUUAUUCAAGACAAAAUUCAGAUAAUAGACAAGACCAAAGAUUUAGACAAGAAAAUAACUCCAGACAGAUCAAUAACUUUAGACCUAACAAUAGUAGUUCUAUUCAAAGCCGUCAAUCUAAUUUAAGCAGAAGUACACCUCCAGAGCCAAUGGACACAUAUAGUGGAACUACAAGUAGAAGAACUAAUAGGAAUGGACAAACUUUUAAUAUUGAAAGUCAAGUUGAAGAAAACUAUGAAAACCUCGGACAAUCAGUUGGGUAUUUAGAUUUAAACAACCAUAAUACAAACCUUCUACCUUACAUAAUUAUUAAGAGUUUAUACAAAAAACAAUUAAAAUUUUUAAUAGAUACAGGAAGUAACAAAUCCUUUAUUAAUCCAGAAGUUAUCGAAAAUGAAAAAAUAAAGUGCAUUAAACCGUUACAAAUCAAAACUAUCUUUGAUAAAGUACAAGUAAAUAAACAAAUAAAUGUACAGAACUUAUUGGAAUUUAAAACAGAUGAAACUCUAAAUUUUUUGCUUUUUAAGUUCCACAAUUAUUUCGAUGGGCUCAUUGGAACCGAUAUAAUGAAAAAACUUGCUAUGAAAAUAGAUUUAAAAAAUUCAUUCUUAGAAACAGAAAAGGUAAAAAUUCCAUUAAGUUUUAAACCCAAUUUGAUUUCCAAAAUGUUCGUUGUCCCAGAACAGAAAGGAAAACAAAAAUCUAAUGCUGACGCUCUAUCAAGAAUAGAAAUAAAUAUUAACCAAGGGAACAAUAUUGAAAAUUUGGAAUUAAUAUCUUUUCAAAACAAUCAUGAUGAACAAGACAAAAUAUCUACUUUACAUUCUGCACAAGAGAACUUGAACGACGGGAUACCUGUAUCGGAGCGCCCUCUAAAUGAGUUUUCUAAUCAAAUAAUUUUAAAAUAUGAGAAAAAGACCAAAAUAAACCCAAAAUUAACCAUUUUAUUUAAAAGAAAGAAAAGAAUUAGGUAUAAUCGAACAUAGCAAAAUAAAUGACGAAAAUGUCAUCGUUAAUAUUUUUAAAGAUUUUCUUAGUACAAAAAGAGUAUCAGCCAUACUUACUGAUGAUACCACAUUUAAAACCGUACAAUCUGUCUAUUCAAGUUAUUUUAGCAGUAACAAACAUUUAAAAUUAGUUAGAUGUAACAUUUUUCUAGAAGAUGUUACUGAAAAAGACACACAAGAAAAUAUUAUAAGGGACUAUCACAAAUGUUCGAAUCAUAGAGGUAUAAUUGAGACCUUUAAUCAUUUGAAAAGAAAAUAUUAUUUUCCUAAUAUGAAACACACAAUAACUUCCACAAUAAACAGUUGUGAAAUAUGUCAAAAACAGAAAUAUGACCGCAAAAGAGAACCUUUAAAAUUCGAAGUUACUCAAACACCGUCUAUGCCAUUAGAAAUUGUUCACGUUGAUAUCUACUCAGUUUGUAAACAAAACUUCUUCACCAUUAUAGAUAAAUUUAGUAAAUUUGCAUGUGUUUAUUUAAUUUCGGCUCGAAAUAGUAUUAACAUUAUAAAAUCGUUGAAACACUUCUUUUCUCAUCAUGGUAUACCCAAAUUGUUGAUCUCAGAUAAUGGCAGUGAGUUCAUCUCUUCUACCUUCAAAGAGUUUUUGGAUAUUCAUAUGAUUAACCAUCAUACAAUAUUCGCCAAAAGCUCUAAUGGUAAUUCUCCUUUAGAAAGAUUUCACUCUACCCUAACCGAAAUUAUCAGAAUUAUCAAAUCACAAAACAACAACAAAGCAAUUGGUGAAAUUAUUGACGAGGCAGUAAUUACAUAUAACAACAGUGUACACUCUGCUACAAAAUUGACACCUUUUGAAUUACUCAACGGUCAUAUAAGUAAAAGAAACCCUUUAUUUACGAAAGAAAAUGCCAAAACAGAGCAGGAAUACUUAGAUCAGCAUGUAGAAGACUAUUAAAAAAUUGACGAAACUUAUUCAUGGUCUAAGCUUAAAAAACAAACAAAAGAAUAUUGAAAAACGAAAUGAAAAUCGAACUGAUCCACCAGAUUUUGUAGAAAACGAGACAAUAUACGAGUUGGAUGAUAGAAGGAACAAAUUGGCUCCUAGAUUUAACGAGCAUAAGGUUGUUAAGAACCAUAAAAUAACAAUAACUUCAAAUAAACGCAAAGUCCAUAAACAAAAAAUAAGAAAGAAACCAAAAAGAAAAGUUUCAGCUUGUUCAAAUAAAUAUUAAUAAAACUUUUAAAACUUAAGUUUUUUUUUAACAAAAAUAUCUCUCAAAUUAUUUUAGUUUCAUAUCGCAGCGAUCCGUCUCCAUUACAACAAACAAUUAUGAUCAUUCAUUUUUGAUGAACAGAUUAUGCUCUUGAUUUAAAAGUUUAAUCUUUUUUUUAAAACUUUUUAUGAACUUCAAACUUUAUUGAAUUUGAGUAAAAAUCCAAUCCUUAUCCCUUAUACCGAUAAAUGUGUUCAUUUUGACAAACUCUGCUAAUCAACUUUUAUAUAAUAACAUUUCAUCAACGAAGAAGCUGCUUUUAUGAAAUAAUAUUAUGAACUUUAUUCAUUUAUUCAUUAAGUUCAUACUCACAAGGGAGGAGUUACAUAUGUACAAAUGUACAUAUCCACAGAACAAGACUGGGAUUAUUUAAAGCCAAUAUAAUAAAUAUGUUAAACUUAACUUUGUUCCUAUAAUUAUGUUUUAAACUUAAUUUUAUAUAAGUAUACUUUUUUAAAAAUGUCUAUGAAAAUUUAUUAACAAAUAUCAAUUAGUUGAGAAUAGACUCAAUUUAAAAUUUUGUAAAAAUAAAAUUAAAAUUUGAAAAAAAUAAAAUAAAAUUAAAUACUUAUUUUGUAACUUCAACCUCAUAAAUAAGCCGUUUCGAAGUAAACAUUUAUAACUCGGGCUACGCAUAUUUGGCUUUAGUAUAAACACUUGACCACAGGCUUAUCGUGCCAUGUGUUUUUCACCACACAUGAUAAUUUCAUAUUUUUACCUUUUCUUCUUUGUGCGGUAUUCGUUCUGCCAUCAGUGCGUGAUGUACCAGUUUACCACACGAAGAACAUUAGAUUUUUGUAGUUUCUCUUUUUGCGUCUUCUUCGUGUUUUGAAUUCACCACAAUUCUUUUUGUUGAUUCUCUUUUGAAUUCACCACACUGCACAUUGAACGAUUGCGUGGGUGUUAUCAUAAUUUGCUAUCAGUGAUGUGGAUAUGCUUGGCUAGGUACAUGGGAGCGGUGAUGCGUUUGGGGUUGUUGUUGUUGCUGGUUGGUAAUGAAGGUAUGUAUGUCGCAUGCGUCGGCGGCUGGUGAUGCUGAUGCUUUGGGAGUAGUUUGUUGUUGUAGAAUGUAGAGGUUAAAUGUAAUGCAUUGCAGGAUGCAUCAUUACAAUAAGAAGCACCCUACUACGUACGCUAAAAAAAAAAUUAUUUGGUGAUUAAUUUGCCGACUCGGCAAAUCUCACCUCGUACGGGACACGAGCAAGCCAAAUUUUAAAUACAUACACCUAUGUACGUAAAAAAAUGAUUUGGCGACCAACUUGUCGACUAAUUUGCCGACUCGGCAAAUCGUACCUCGUACGCGACAAGAUUUAGCCAGAUUUUAAAAACAUACACUUAUGAAGGUACGUACAAAAAAUGAUUUCGCGAUAAAUUUUUUGCCGACUGAUUUGCCGACUCGGAAAAUCAUGGGGGGGUUUGACACCCCCCUACACCCCCCUCUCGAUACGCCCCUGAAGAUCGUUGAUGCACAAAUUGUACUGUAAGGGAAUGUCUCUCAAAUUUGGAAGAGUCAUAGAAAAUCUGCUUAAAGAUACAUGGGCUGCUGUAUGGGAUGGUGAAGUAGUAUCAGAAUGGUUUGAAACGAAAAUUGGAGUGAGGUAAGGUUGUACUCUGAGUCCCUUGCUGUUUGCGCUAUUUAUCGACGAUGUUACGGACAUCUUCCUGGUGGAAUUGAAGUCAGCAGUACUACUAUCAAAGCACUUCUGUUUGCAGAUGAUAUAGUGAUUCUAGCUCAUUUACCUGCAAUAAACUCCACUUGGAAAAUGUGUUUCUCUAAAAAUAUCAUAGCAAAAAAUUUAAAAUUGGAUCUUUCACGUUUGUGUAAUUUCGACCAACAGCCUACUAGCCUCACAACAACAGAAAACAAAGACUCUACGAAAUCAUUUCCACCACAGAUAUAAACUGCAGCAAUGAGUAUGAAAUUGAAUCAAGAGGAUCCCUUUACAGGUCGGUGUACAGUAAACUCAACUAUAACCUUCAACAUGCAAACUACUUCCGAGACGAACUAAGCGUAGAAUCCAUCUCAACGAUGCUAAGGCUGAGGGUAGAACUUCUUCCUCUCAAUUAUAGGCCACACCGAGAUGACCUUCCAAUAUUGUGCAACAUAUGUAACACAGUAGAAAGAGAAGACAUAUUUCAUUUUAUGGGUAGUUGUCCUAGUUGUCCGACUCUUCGUGAAACAAGACGACAUUUCUUCGGUAAAGAUACGCUUUCAACGGAAGAAGUUCUGAAUAUAUUGAACGAAGUGUCAGAAAAGCUAUUACUUUUUUGUAAAACAGCUCUAAGUUAUAGAGAUAGAAUAUUAAAUGCUAUCUUCUAGUACUUC